CUACAAAAUUGUCAAUUGUUAAAACCAUACAAAGAACUCAUUGAACUUUGGAUUAGUAAAGUGGAAAACAUAUUUGGCAUUUUAAAGGAUGAUCAAACUAUUCCAUUGACUCAAAGAGUAGCAGUUAGCUCAGGCACUUUAAAUGAUGAUCAAAUCCUUCCAUCGAUUCAAAGAUUAAGAGAAAAAAUAAGUACUUCAAAUAAUGAUAUAGUUGAGCCAAAUAUCAAUAAAGAAUCGAAUAUUGAGACAAUAAAACAAGACCUAGUCGAUUGGUAUGACAAAUAUACUAAGUUUAGGAAGAAUGAGAAGAUAGAAAAGUUGAAACAUUUCGUUAGCAUUAAAUAUCACUAUAACAAUCUGUGGUAUGCAGCUACUCAAGAAACUCCUCCUGAAUCUGAUUCUCUAAAUAACAAACAAAAGGCUUUUGCAGAUAUUCCUUUUGGCACAAAUCUGCCCCCAAAAAUUUUCAGAGGAUAUAUUUCACACUUCAUUAGUUCUACCAUUAAAAUAUCUGAAAAAUAUAAAAGAAAAAUAUAG